GCAAAAGGCGUUUUCCUCCGUGUUAGAUUUGGAAAAGGCGUGUGCACAGGCUUGUGAUAUAGGUUGAGCUGACAGUGGCUUCCUAUUGAGCCAUGCAGGUCGAGAAUUGCAUCUCGCCGGCGAGUGAACUCUCCAAGAAAUUUAUGAAUGUGGGCAGUGGCUUCUCGAGCUCCGAUAGAUCAGAGCUUUCGUUGCAGGACCAUCCUAUUAUAUCUGCGAGUGACAACCUGGAGAGAAGUUCACCCCUGAAAAAAAACUCUAGGGAGAUGACGAAUCAGUCAGAGGCAGACAAUUUUCCCGACUCCAAGGACGCAUCAGGGGACGUCCAGAGGGGCAAACUCUCUCCUGAUCUUCACGGAGUCUCUGACAUCCGUCAUAAUUUCGAUGGAUCUGCAGGAGAAAGGUGCAUCUUUUCUCCAUCCGCACAGCCUCAGUCAGUCUCAGCAGCCACCAUGUUCCCGUAUCCGAGUCAGCAUGGACCCGCGCACCCGGCUUUCUCUAUUGGAAGUCCCAGUCGCUACAUGGCCCAUCAUCCGGUCAUAACUAAUGGAGCUUAUAACAGCCUUCUGACCAACACUUCUCCUCAAGGCUACGCUGCGACCGGCUACCCUUACGCGCAACAGUAUGGACACACGUACCAAGGGGGGGCUUUUUACCAGUUCUCCUCCGCGCAGGCAGGACUGGUUCCGGGGAAAGCGCAGGUGUACCUGUGCAACAGGGCCCUGUGGCUCAAGUUCCACAGGCACCAAACGGAGAUGAUCAUCACAAAGCAAGGGCGACGAAUGUUUCCAUUUUUAAGCUUCAACAUCUCUGGCCUCGACCCAACUGCUCACUACAAUAUAUUUGUGGAUGUAAUACUCGCUGAUCCAAAUCACUGGCGAUUUCAAGGAGGCAAGUGGGUGCCAUGUGGAAAAGCAGACACGAAUGUGAUAGGAAAUAGGGUUUAUAUGCACCCGGACUCACCAAAUACUGGUGCGCACUGGAUGCGUCAGGAAAUAUCAUUUGGAAAGCUAAAGCUCACAAACAACAAAGGUGCCUCCAACAACACCGGGCAGAUGGUGGUCCUCCAGUCUCUCCACAAGUACCAGCCCAGGCUCCAUGUGGUGGAAGUAAACGAGGAUGGGACAGAGGACACGAGCCAACCAGGAAGAGUCCAGACUUUCACCUUCACAGAGACGCAAUUCAUCGCAGUCACAGCCUACCAGAAUACCGACAUUACGCAACUCAAAAUUGACCACAAUCCUUUCGCCAAAGGGUUCCGGGACAACUAUGAUACUGUCUACACAGGCUGCGACAUUGACCGCCUAACUCCAUCACCGGGUGACUCUCCGCGUUCACAGAUCGUGCCGGGUGCGAGAUAUGCCAUGCCUAGCUCUUUCCUGCAGGACCAAUUUGUCACCACUUAUGCCAAAUCUCGCUUUCACCCUGGCGUGGGGACUGGGCCUGGCACGGAGCGCAGCGUCCCACUCGGCAACAGCUUGCUCUCCCCGCAGCAGAGCGAGGAGCCCACUGUUGCCACCCCCCCGCAGCGAUGGUUUGUCACCCCUGCCAACAACCGACUGGACUUUGCUGCCUCGGCAUACGACGCCGCGGAUUUCGCCGGUAACGCGGCCACCUUGCUGUCCUAUGCGGCGGCCGGAGUGAAGGCUCUUCCUCUGCCGACUGCGGGCUGCUCCAACCGGCCUCUUGGCUAUUACGCAGACCCGUCGGGCUGGGGAGGACGCACGCCGCCGCAGUACUGUGGCGUCAACAGCAAGUCUAGCUCGGUCUUUUCCUGCUGGCCCGCCAAUUCUCUCGGUGGGAGAGCUGGUGCCAACUACCUGGUGGAGGAGGGAGAGUCCAUCCCCACGGAGAGGUCACCGAUCGGCGGCUCAGAGGAGACCAAACCCAAAGACAUGACGUCAGAGUCGAGCUGGAUAGAAACGCCGUCCUCAAUAAAGUCAAUUGAUUCGAGCGAUUCUGGGAUCUUUGAACAGGCCAAAAGGAGGAGAAUCUCACCUUCAGCAACACCUGUUUCUGAGACUGUGUCCCCGCUCAAAUCUGAGCUGCUGGCACCCAGAGAGUGCGAGAAGAACUGCACGAAGGACAUUGGUUACUACAGUUUCUAUCCUCACAGUUAAACUCUAUCUAUCUAUCUAUCUAUCUAUCUAUCAAUCUAUCUAUCUAUCAAUCUAUCUAUCUAUCUAUCUAUCUAUCAAUCUAUCAAUCUAUCUAUCAUAAAAAAGAUGAAAAGUUAAUGGCCAAAGUGUAAAUUCUUCCACUUCCUCCUGAUCUGUUGUAUCUUGAGUUGGGCGCCAGCUGUUGAGUCAAUAUAAACUUGUAAAAAAUAUAAAUAUAAUGUACAUAAUACUAUUGAACAUUUGGUGAUAGUGAUGGAUGUACACAUACUAGAAGACUUCUUAGUGUUUCAAAGAGCGAGCCCUCCUCUGUUCAGUAGCCUAAAGCUGUUAGUAAAGAAAAAUAUUAAAACUCUGUACAUGGACAUUUUCUUGUGUAGCAUAAACUGGCAUAAUACUCCCUGUCAGUGAAAAAAAAACCUAAUGUAUUUUGUACUUUAUCAAAGCUGUAGGUUACGAGAUGUUUAUGACGUUACCGAUCACUGCUAUGAUACCUGUGGUUCAAUUUGUUUAAAUGUGGGUUAAUGUAGUUUUAGAGUCUUUUUUAUGUUUUCAUUUGGCCGGUUAUUUUUAUAGCCUGUAUGCUAUAUGCUAUUGUGAAAAUCUCUGUAUCUGCUGUAAUGUGACUGAAACAUAAUAAAUGACGUCAGGAAAA